AUGUCUGUGACCCCUGACCCACCUUCUCAUCUCACAUUCAAUCCAUACCUCAUCCCAUGUCCCGAUUUUGCUUCUGUCAAUUACUUUUUCAUCUGUGAUGCUGUCCAGGCAGCUAAUAAUAUUUCAUCUGAGGAAGCUGUCGCUCAACUGGUGCAAAACUGGAAGACACGGAAUGCCAAGGAGAGAGAUCAGUGGGACACGCAAGUUUGGGCAGAUAAACAGGCAGUAGACCAAGCAAAGAAGAUGGCUGAAGAAGCAGUGCAGAAGGUACAGAAAGAAGCUGAGAAAGAGAGAGAGACUGAGAGAAAAGAGAAAGAAAAGAAGUGCCCAAAACUCAUGAACUUUGAUCCUUCACUGAGCAUUGACAAAGAGGCUGAUCCCAUCCUUCACCCCUAUGCUCUCAAACAACUCUCAGAUUUCAAGUACUGUCCUCUUUGGUACUUCACCAAGAUGUCAGCAAUGGAAGCCUCCAGCAUUGUUAAUUCCCUUGCCCCCGACACCUUGAACCUCCAACAAGAUUCUGGUUCUGGCUCUCUGUCUUUUCAGGCUCCUUCAACUGUCAAACCAUCUAAGAAUGCUUUACCUGACAAAGAGUUGUCUUGGUCCCAAUUUUCAUAUGCUUUUGCCUGGUUUCUACGUGUGGUGAACACUGCAAAUUGGCCAAAAUCUACAAUCCAAAUGUUUGCCUCCAUGUUCCUGAAUCUGACCUUGCAUUCCUUCUGA